AGCUGCGCGUUCAAACACAUCAACACUGAGACUUCCUGGUCCGUGAACGCAGCAGCCGCCGACAACUUUCAGCUUUUGAGUCCGAAAAACGGGAUUAUUGUCCGGGGUGAGCUCCCUCUGUGUGCCGGGGAGAAGCGGACAUUGUCAGGAUGGAUGUUUGUCAACGUAAUGGCGACGUCGCGGAAGUUUCCGACAAACUGGAGAAGUCUUUGUCCAUGGAUACAGAUGACAAGAUGGAAGCAUACCACAGAUUCAUUCAAGAUGGUAAAGAUGUUGCCCGACAAGGAGACAUAAAAAAGGCUCUGGAGCUCUUCAAGUUGGCGUACAACAUCCACCAGACUCAAAAACUGGAAAGCAGGAUAAAGAAAAUUGAAGAACUUAUUUCUCAGAACGACUCUGAGGAAGAAGAUGAAGAGUUUGUCAAUGUGAACGGAAGCGGUUUAAUGCUUUUCAAAGGUUUAUAUGACAAGCUCUAUGACUACCAGAGAAAUGGAGUGGCCUUCUUAUACAGUCUCUACAGAGAUGGUCUUAAAGGUGGGAUCUUGGCAGAUGACAUGGGCCUUGGUAAAACCAUCCAGGUGAUCUCAUUCCUCUCGGGUAUGUACGAUAACGAGCUGGUCAAACACACAAUGCUCGUCAUGCCAACUUCACUCAUCACAAACUGGACUAAGGAGUUUGCCAAAUGGACUCCUGGCAUGAGGGUCAAGGAGUUUCACGGCACCAGCAAAGGAGAGAGGACCAGGAGUUUGGAGAAAGUUCAGAGGAGAGGAGGCGUCAUCAUAACCACCUACACUAUGCUCAUGAAUAACUGGCAGCAGUUGUCAUCAUACCACGGCAAAGAGUUCACAUGGGACUACAUGAUUCUGGAUGAGGCACACAAGAUAAAAACUUCAACCACCAAAACAGCCAAAAGUGCCUGCGCCAUACCUUCAAAGAAUCGAGUUCUUCUCACAGGUACUCCGGUCCAGAACAACCUGAGAGAAAUGUGGGCUCUCUUCGACUUUGCUUGCCAAGGCACUCUCCUCGGCACGGCUAAAACAUUCAAAACAGAGUAUGAGAACCCCAUCACCCGUGCCCGAGAGAAGGAUGCCACGCCAGGGGAAAAGGCUCUCGGGUUCCGGAUGUCUGAGAACCUCAUGGCCAUAAUCAAACCCUACUUCCUCCGCAGGACAAAAGCUGAAGUGCAGAAAAACAAAAUGAACGGCACACAUCAGCGCAAAGAGGACUAUUCAGACGACAAAGACAGCCAAGUCCCAAACCCACCAAAAGACUCUGGAGCUGUCAUGCCCACGCUGACAAGAAAGAACGACCUGAUUGUCUGGACUUACCUGAGUGCUGUUCAGGAAGACAUAUACAGGCAGUUCCUUUCACUGGACCACAUCAAGGAGCUGCUCAUGACCACCAGAUCACCUCUAGCUGAAUUAAACAUCCUGAAAAAGCUGUGUGACCACCCAAGACUGCUCUCUGCUGCAGCCAUAGCUAAGUUAGGCUUGGAGGAAAGUACAGCUGAGAGUCAUCAGAAUGACGACACGGAGACAGACGCUGCUCACGGCAUCGCUAACAUCACUGACGACACCCUAAUAUCUGAAUCUGGGAAACUCGUCUUUUUGUUUGCGCUUCUUGAAAAGCUCAGACAAGAUGGCCACCGCACACUUGUCUUUGCUCAUUACAGGAAAGUGCUUGACAUCAUCGAACGCAUCCUGGGCAACAGAGGCUUCAAAGUUAUCAGACUGGACGGCACAAUAACACAGAUUGCAGAGAGAGAGAGGCGCAUCACUCUGUUCCAGACCGACGAGCGUUACUCUGUCUUCCUCCUCACCACACAGGUUGGAGGAGUUGGCAUCACUCUGACGGCAGCAAACAGAGUCGUGAUCUACGAUCCCAGCUGGAACCCAGCAACAGAUGCCCAGGCUGUUGACAGGGCAUACCGCAUCGGCCAGACUGAAAACGUCGUCAUCUACAGGCUCAUCACCUGCGGGACGGUGGAGGAGAAGAUCUACAGACGGCAGGUUUUCAAAGACUCCCUCAUCAGACAGAAUACCGGAGAUAAAAAGAACCCUUUUCGGUACUUCAGCAAGCAGGAGCUGAAGGAGCUCUUCCUUCUGGAGGACACACGGUCUUCGUCCACCCAGCUGCAGCUUCAGGCCCUGCACUCCAGACACCGACGGACAGACCCGGAGCUGGAUGAACACAUUGCCCACCUCCACGCCAUGGAGAUGUUUGGAAUCUCUGACCAUGACCUCAUGUUCUCUCUCGAUGUCAACCAUGACGAGUCCCCGGAGGACCAAGAGGCGCACCACUACAUUGAAGGGAGGGUCCAGAAGGCCCAGGAGCUGAUGAAGGCAGAGUCAGAGUUACAGAUGCAGCUGGCAGAGAACAUGACAACAAGUACAGAACCAGCUUGGCUCAGACAACCUGUGGAGAACAACAACAGAGACCAUUCUCAUGACAAAAAAACAAGAAAUCCAAGACCAAGUCCUCCCUAUCCACAACAUGACAGCAACCUCAACGGGUCACCAAUUGUGGUGGAUCUGGACCAGUCUGGUUCUAGCAAGGAGGAUGGCCAACAGAACCUGAGUGACAGAGUUAUUGAUCUGACUGCAGAUGAAUAUAUGACAGAAGAACAACCUGCUGUAACAAGCCAAGAGAAGUUUGAUGAGCUGGAGCUGGAUUCCCCUAAACACCAGUCAGUCAAGCAUGAGAGGAGUUACUUGGAAGCAGAUUCUCCUCAGGAGGUGCAGGAUCUGGAUUCCCCAGAACAUCAGUCUGUCAAGCAGGAGCUGAAUUACUUGGAAGCAUCUUCUCCUCAGGAGGUGAUCGAAGACUCUUUGGUGCUGUCAGAGGCCGCUGAUGCUGCAACAGGUGAUUCGGCAGAUGUCUCCGUUCAAGAACUAAUGGACGAGUCUGCAAUGUCUGAGGCUGCAGUUGCUUCAGCAGGUGACAUCAGUCUGCCGUACGUUACAGCGGUUGAUGAAGAUGAACAACAGCUAAAUGGAUCUUCACACUCAAAAUACGACUCAAAGAUGGACUUGGGGCUUCCACAUGGCACACCCCUGCAGAACAAAAGACUUUCUGUCUUGCAAGCUUUCAAUUCAAGCUUCAAAGCAGACGCGUCGUCCAGAGCCAGCACGGGGUUGGAGUCCUUUGAGGGCAACUUCAAUUUACAGCUUGAGGACAGUGACAUGUUCUCAGACCACGAUGUCCCAGAUCACGAAGAGACCGAAGCAGAGGAGAAGAAGUUGCUUUCACAGCUGCAGAUGGAGGGGAGUUUUGAUGUCAAUAAAUCCCUUUGUGAGAGAGAACAUAAGGAAGCACUCGGACGAAGCUUCAACAGCGUCCAUGCCUCUGAAGUGGACGAGUCAAUGAAUGAUUCUAUUAUAGCUACCAAGAAGAAAAGAGCAGCGGUGAUUUAUGACAGUGAAGGUGAUGAUGAUGAUGAUGAUGAAGAUAGGCAGGAGUUGAGGAGUCAAUUUGACAACUCCUUCGAGGUUCUUGGAGCCUCCACACCUAAAUCGGCGCCCUCUGGCUCCACCCCUCUCCGGUCAAGAAAGAGCGUUGGAGGAAACACCUCCGUGGCCUCACGACGCUCCCUCCUCCAGUCCAUCAUUGAAGACGUGGAGAACCACAACCAAGACAUGGGGGGUGAGGAAGAAGGGGAUGAUGAUGAUGAUUAUGAAGAUAUUUCAGAGAGACAUUCUGAUGAAGCCGAAGAGGAGGACAUCAUUCAUUCAACCCAUGAUGAGUUCCAGCUGGAGGAGACCAUCGGAGAGACGUUAAACACAGAGGGUGAGGAGGAGGAGGUAGAAGAGGAAGAAGAGGAGGAGGAGGAGGAGUGCUCUGAGUCAGCAGAUGGCAUCGAUGAGUCAGGAGAGGAAAUGAGCCUUAAUCUAGAAGAAUCAACCGGCGAGCCCGAACUAGCCUCCUCCGAGAGAAUGGAUCAGUGCACCGUCGACGUGAAGCCCGAGGACGAGAGCUACGACUCCCUGGUCAUUAGAGGGGGGGAGUACUACAGCAAAGGGAGGCUGGACGACGCCCUGGAGCUCUUCCUGAGAGCUAUCGACAUCAAACCUGGAGAUCCCAAAGUUCAGCUCAUGACCAUCCAACUGUACCGGCAGCUGAGUCAGAGACGUUAACAACGGAUCAGAAUAAAUCCUGCGACAGAUGUUGUACAAUCGGGGUCAUGCUGGUUCCUGUGGACUCCUGUCUGACUGCCUGCCCUGUCUGCAGCUCUAGACUUCAAGCCCAUUGGAUCGUACUAACGACACUUCACAGAGAGUCUACAGCCAUCUCUACAAGGUUCCCCAUCGUAGUUUAAAGGUCCAGUGUGGAACAUUGAAGCCGACUAUUGUCAGAAAUAUAAUAUUCAUCGUUAUGUUUCAGUGUUUAAUCACCUGAAUAUAAGAAUUAUUGUGUUUAUGUUACUUUAGAGCUUUUUAUCUGCAGGGUCUAGAUAAAGUCUGGUCACAUGUUCAGUUCAUUAUGCGAGGAAGGUCGACGUGUUCUCAUUCAAUCUAUUUUGAUAAAACUGUAACAUUUUUAAUUCUCCUUAUCUGUUAAUUAAAAUAAAUGUUUGCCUUUGUUA